AUGAGGCCACUGAGGUGUAGUUUUGGUCGCAGGCACCGCGUGACGAGCGCGGCAUUUGGCGUUUCCCAGUUUCCUUCUAGCAGUAGCACCUUCUCAGCAUCGUGCCGGUGGGUGGUGAUACCACCAGUGGAACCCAUAACUAGCGCAUCCGCAUCCGCGUCCUCUUCCUCUUCCUCCUCGCGCAAAGGUGAGUGCCGCACAUCGUAUCGUUUCGCAGUUAAGGAUGAAGAGCGAGGGCUAUACGAUCAUGGCGUUACACCCGAUGCUCGAACUCUUGCUGCGGAGGCUGAAGCGCAAUAUCGUGCCAGCUCCGAGUUCCUUCACGCACCUGCCGGUGGUUUACCCGCCCCGGAACUACACAUGGAGGUGGACGGCACAUCGGUUUCCUGCAUUGCAGCACCAUUUGGAGAAGAGUACGUUCCAUCAAGUAAGGAACGCUUUGCGCACCGUGGACACGUGGGGGACCUGAGCAGGCAACGUACUUCGGACCGAAAGUACCUUUUGGAUGCCCGGUCGCACCUGAAUAUCCGUAAGGAGCGGCAACUAAGUGAAUUACUGUCCGCCCCCAUGCCACUUUUGCAGAAAUCAAAUGAAAUCCAGCAGAUGCUUCUGUCGGAUUUCUACCCUCAAAAUCUUGUUGUGUCAUCUCGCAACGUAGAGGCCGUCAUUGCCCUAUGGGCGCAGUGUAGCCUUGAACAGUGCAUCGCUGGGCUCAACAGUCAACGACCAGAGAAUCUUUUAGCCCCGUCAGCUGACACAACUUGUCAUGAAGUGGACGCAGUGGAUAGUGUGCCGUUUCUCAACCAUAUGAAGCGAUUGUAUUUUCAUUCCAGACAAACCCACGUGGCACCAACUCCCCUUGUUCUGGAGUAUGUGAUGACAGCAUUAGGCAACGUGACCACUGCAGACAGUCGCGUUUUUCACCUAGCCAACCGGCUCCUGUUGGAUGCGGACAAGUACGUUAUAUUACCGACGCGUACCACCUACGCCGCGUUCUUCACUAUAUGCUCGCUCCAUAACGCAAUGCCGUUUGCGCUUUCCCGCUUCAAGGAUGCGGUUGUUAAUCUCCACGUAGCUGUUGACGCUACUAUGGCGUCGGCAAUACUUGAGGGGUUGGUACAAAAUGGCUUGGUGGAGGAAGCAGUGCUCUUAUUAGCUCGGCUUCAACACGUUCCGAUGGACGUACAACUGUUAAACACGGCACUCGAAGUGCUUUUGCUGUCAAAACAGCCACAAUCCUGCUUUUCUGCGUUUGAAGCUGUUAGACACUCUGGGGUAGAGCCCACAGCAGACACUUAUACUCUGCUUUUGCUAGCGUGCGAGCGCUCCGGCCUCUGGGGGAAUACAACCGCAAUUCUUGCUGACAUGCAAAUGCGUCGCGUAAAGGGGGAUGGGAGGACACUGAACCUGCUACUCAAGGGCCUUCUCACCGAACGCCUCCAUGGUUAUUCGAGGCAGUUAUAUGAGACGAUGGUAAACAAAAAUGUGGAGGUAUGGCCAGCGUUGGAGUCUCACAUGAAGUCACGAACAGCUGGGGGCGAACAAUUAAAACGUGGUUCAACUAUUAAAACCUCGAAGUCAAGUCAGCCGUCGUAG